GAUCCCGUAUAUCCCGAAUCCAUCAGACAGAAAAACCACACAAGUUCCUGGGAGAGAGAGGGGCAUUGACCGCAGUGCAUCAUGGGCUGGCAUCCGGAGCCGGGCGCACCGUAGGCUGGCUCGAGAUCACCUGAUCAACAACGCAAUGAAGGCACUGAGGAAGCUCCCCAUAGACAGGUCCCAGGCAGAGCAGCAGGCCAUCCGCAGGAUGCUGAGCACAUUCCCCUCCCUGCCGGCUCACCUGUCCCGCCAGGAGCUGCUGCAGAUCAGCUCCAUCACUGUGCUGGAGUCCUGGGAGAGAGGACAGGCCGUUUUUGGGUGCAGUGGAUUUUACCUGAUUCUGAAGGGGUCGGUGAAGUUGCUCGCCCAAGAGGGGUUGAAGGUGACUGCCUAUCAGAAGGCUCCCACGAUCGGAGUGGGCGGGUGUUUUGGGACUCUGGUGCAGGCAGGCGUGGACACGGACUCGGACCUGGGUCAAGCGGGUGUGGUCACCCUCUGUGCCAUAGCGCAGGACGCCUGCGAGGUGCUGAGGAUCUCCCAGGCGGGGUACACCAAACUGAGAAAGGAGAUUGCAGCCCAGAACUCCAGCCUGAGGGAAUCACUCAUCCAGUCAUGCCCUUUCUACCUCCACUGGCCCAGGCUGUCAGUCAAGAAACUGGCCAGUCUCAUCCAGAUGAGGAUCCUGCCUGCAAAUCAAGUGCUGGUGACACAGGGGCAGGUGUGUCCCUUCGUGGGGUACAUCCGCACGGGUGCCUGCACCGUUCUCCAGGACAUCGGAGCUCUGAAGGGGAAACUACACGGAAAGAAGGGCAGCAGGGCCAGGUACGUGGUAGUGGGCACGCUGGGAGAGAAGGAGUCAUUCGGCGAGGUCAGCAUCCUGCUGGACCAGCCGUCUCCCUGCAGCGUCGUCACGGCAACAGAGGUGAAGAUGGGGGUCAUACUUCCCGAGGCCUUGAAAGGGAUGGAUGUGGUGACACGCUCUCUGAUGGUGCAGACGGCCCAGCCAAUGUACCGGAAACUGAGCCAGGAGCAGAUAGAGAAGGAGUACCUGACACAGCAGAGACACAGGGAGUGGGAAAACACAAAGAAAAGAGUUCUGUCGGAUGCUCUGUUCUACAAUGGGAUCGUACAGGGCUGUGGGAAGUGGAGCCUGAUCAGAGGCAGAAGACAAGACAAGUGUGGUGCGCCUGGGACUCUCUCCAUGUGA